CCGUAAGUGCACUCUAUUGACUAAGCAGCACCCCGGAAAGAACAAACAACGAGCACGCAAUCAUGGAAGGGGAUGCGCGAUUUGUGCUGGAUCGAGUGAACGAUCUCGAGGAGCUGCUGUCGCUCGGCUACCAAAAGGGCUAUUCGUGCAACCUGCCGAUGGUAACGCGACAAAUGGUGUGGGACUACAUGCUGCACCUGAUGAAGGUGGUCUCUGGCAACGACAACCACUUGAAGGCACUGCAAUCCUGUGCGGAAAGUAAUCCGGAAUGUGGCGACGAUUCGAUCGGAUGUGUGCAGCUACGACGCGAGGACACCUACUGUACGGUGAAAGGUCAGAUCCACUCGAUCGGUCCCAGCGAUGAUGGCGAGAGCACGGAGAUUAAAAUCAUUCAGCUAACGGUGGUGAUAGACGAGGAGCACCGCAAGGUCGAGUCGGUUGCGUGCAGCGAUUGCGCCGAGCUGGGCUUUUGUCAGCACACGAUCAGCUUUCUGCUGUGGUUGCACACGCAGGACCAGCUCGGUACGCACCAGGAGGAGGAGUGCUUCUUUCGCACCCCACUCGCCACAGUCCUGGAGCAAAUCCCACCCAGGGCGGCACUGAACAAGACCAAGACCAAAAACUUCAUCCGCGAGAUCGUGCACGGGCUGCAGACGGAGGACAUCGAUUGUCCGCUUCGGUGGAACUUCUCGUCGGUGAACAAGAAGUUCUCCAACAUCUCGAUCCAUGAGCUGAUCAUAUGUGCCAUCAAAAAUCGGUACACCGUAUCGCAAUUCUUUGAGCACGCGCAAGCCGUGAUAGCAUCUGCCUCAUCCGUGCUUGCAGACAAGGUGAAGUUUCAGGCUCGAUUCUACCCGUGGUUCCAAGAGCUACGUUACGGGCGCAUCACCGGCGCAAAGGUGUACGAUUGCACUAAGCCGAACGUAUCGCCCACACUGUUGCACGAGACAAUACUCGGCUGCAACAAGGAGAUCAACACACAGCUGCAGCGCAAGAAGCUGGCCAUCCGCCAGCGCCUGGAGAAGUACACCAAGCGAGUGUACGAGAGCCCAAACAUCACCAUGAACGCCAACUUUCCCAUCAUCUUCAACGUGCCGGACGGGAUCUGCUCCCACCACGUAGUGGAGAUCAAAUGCCCGCGCACGCACGAGAGCAUGAAGAAGUACGUCGCCGUCGAUGGCAGUCUGAACGAGAAGUACUACCUGGAGAUGCAGGUGCACAUGCUGGUGUACGGCAUGACGUCAGGUGUCGUGUGCGUGGCCGAUCCGGACUUUGAAAUCAACAACGAGCUGUACAUGCACUCGUUCAAUCUCAACAAGCCGUUCGUAAUGAAGAAGCUCCAGAAGGCACUCGAGUACUGGGAGAACAACGUGUUCCCCGAGUUGAUGGCUAGCUGGUCCGAGUAGGUGACUGAAACGGUGCGUCAGGGCGCAUGCAGCG